GCCAGCUCAUCAGUUCUUCUGAUAUAAAUAUAUCGAAACGAAAAUUCAAUGUGACGUAUGUCAUGAGUUGUUAGCAGUGCUCAGAAAUAUAUUUAGCUUUCAAGAUAUUGAAAUCAACCAGCAAUAUUUGGAAAAACAAUGAAAAUUGAAGGCAAAUGUGCUUUGGUGACUGGGGGAGCAAAUGGAAUAGGGUUAAAUAUCGUUCGAAAUUUAUUGAAACGUGGCGCCAAGUGCGUUGUAAUUUUGGACUGUGACAAAGAGGCAGGAACUGGAGCUAAAAAGGAACUAGAAAUUGAAUACGGAAAAAAUCAAAUUGUUUUCUUCCUUUGUGAUGUUUCAAAACUGGAAGAACUUGAAGCCAAUUUUAAGAAGUCUUUAGAAGUUUGCAACAAAGUGGACAUUUUCGUCAAUAAUUCCGGAAUUAUGAAUGAAGUCGAUUGGACUCGCACGAUUGAUAUAAACUUCAAAGGCCUGGUAAAAGGCACUAAAUUAGCUCUGGACCACAUGGAAAAAUCAAAACCAAACCGAGAUAAAAUUAUAGUCAACAUUGCUUCCGUAUGCGGACUUUCGAGAUUUGAUGGAAAUGAAGAAUUUCCGGUUUACUGUGCGAGCAAAUAUGCCGUCGUAGGUUUUAGUACAGCUAUCAAGAAAGCAUGCGAUGAAAAAGGUAUUAGACUUUUAAUAAUUUGUCCUGGGCAAGUGGAAACAAAUCUAUAUAAAAACUAUUUGGAGACGGUUUCCGAAAAUAAACAAGGAGAUUUUCUCAAACAGACGCCUGAGAACGUCGGAUACAAAAUUGUCGACUUGAUUGAAAAAAAUAAAAAAGAGACAAUGUGGGUAAUUGAAGACAACGAAAUACCUUAUGCUAUUGAGUUUCCCCAUUACUCAAAUUUCAAAGUCGCAAGUUACAAUUAAUCUCGACUGUUACAUUACUCUAAAAUUUAUGUGUAUCAAGUUAAUUUAAUGAAAUGUGGAAAUCGCUUACUCUAGAACAAUAAAUAAAUGAAAUAUCGGAAUAAAAUUUCAAUAUUGUGAAGACCGGCAAUUAGUGGAAGUGGGGAUUGAUCGGCGAAUAUGAGAUCGAUCAGUCAGCUCAUAGCCCCGAGGGCAUGUAGCUCGUCAGUGUGAAGAUAAAUUUUGGUUUAUUAAUUAUGCCCAUAAUUUUUUAGUUAAAUAUGU